UAUUAUAGCGGCUAACUCAUUCUAUAUUUUAUUUACAUUAUUAUUGUUCUUUGCCAUUGAAAUAUACUUUCAGUGAAUUGAAAUAAAAAUAUUUUAUUACUAGUAAUUAUAAUUGUGCAUGCAGUAAAACCACUAUCUCAAUAAAACUUUUAAUAAAUUUUUCAAUGCCCAACAUUUAUAUUCUAUAAAUGAUAGUAUGGCAGAUGAGCGUAAUUUUCGCUCUUCCUAUUAUGAAAAAGUAGGAUGCCGGGGUGUAGAAGAGAAAAAAUCUUUGGAAAUACUCAUGAAGGAGAAACCUUGGGAUAGAGUUAAGUUGAAACAGUUUUGUCUACGAUUUUCUGUUCCAGCGGCUUACAGACAAUUAGUAUGGAAAGUGUUACUUGAUAUCCUGCCAGUGUAUCCAGACUCACAUCUGUUUGUAACAAAGCAACGGACAGAGCAAUAUGAUGAUUUAUUGUAUGCGGUGGAAAUGCUAAGACUAGUUGAGAUGGAUGCUCCCCGCAGCAAAAUCCUAUUUGAAAUGUGGCUACUGGAGAAUGAGGAAAGAAAACCACCAAUAUUUCCAGAAACAAACUUCUCUUCUGCUGACACAUUUAUACCUAUAGCAGAGACCUUACUAGAGUUGUAUGCAGAAGAAGUAGAUAUUUACUGGAUAACAAAGAGCCUGACAGAUGUAGUCAGAAACAUGCAAAAGGACUUGUGUAAACUUAAGGAAGCAUUCCUAACUAUGUUGGAGAAAGAAGAUGAUGAGCUUUAUAACCAUCUCUUAGACAUUAGUGCUCUGGAAGUAUUACCAUUAACAAAGUGGUUCAAUUGCUGUUUUGCUGGAGUUUUAGAUGAUACUUCUUUAACAAAAAUAUGGGACAAAAUUUGUAGUGGUGCUCCAAAAAUUUUAUCAUUUGUUGCUGUUAUGUUAGUAAUAACUUUGAGACGAAACAUAUUGAAGGCGAAAAACCCAGAUGAAGUUCUCAAAUGUGUUUCUGAGAUUCCAGAACAAUGUGAAGAAGUUGUUGCUAACAAAGCGAUUGAUCUUUGGCAAUAUUACGGUGCUCAACCACAAAAUGAUCAGUUAGCAAAGAAAUGAUGUAUGACCUUCUAAUGGGUUUAUCUCAUUAGAAGUAAAAGAAAGUUAUAAUUAAUAUGGACAUUGGUGUUUCAAAAUUUAAAAUAAAAAAAUAAUAUAAAAGAAUAUAUGUGCUUUGAGUACUUAUAGUAAAUAAUAUAUUAAAAAUACUUUAUUAAUAUUUGGUCUAGAAAUUUGGCUUUAAAAUUAUGGA